AUACAUUUCUCGAACGACAAACCAAUCGCAUAGCCAUCUGCUUUUGGGAAUAAUAGCCAUAUUACGGUAUCGUCGACUUGUCUCAAUUUAUACCCCAAAUACAGAUCUUCAAGGCACCGUCCGAAUCCGCGCGCUUAGUGGUUUCGUCACCUGUUGGCUUUGUACCUCUGCGUGUUUGCUGUCCUUUUCAACCAAGCUCUGACUUCGCAUAUAUCCGACAAAAGUACGCCAAAGAUACUCACUACACUAAAGGAUAUUUCUUGCUGAAGGAAUGACGGAGAAUUAAAAGGCUCCCAAGCGGUUACCACCCAGGCUUGGUGGGGAGUGGUUUAUCGCCUUCGGAGGCUAUAUCGAAUGAUUUAAUACUAUCCCAGCCAGGCCUUCGCAGACGGCCCCGAGCGUUUUAUCGAUCUUCCACGUCAAAAUUACGGAGUACGGAGGACCUAUAUACAAACAGAAAUAAACACCCAGAGCCAUAAGUCACUGUAGGAAUGAGCUCCAAUAGCGACAUCCUCGAUUGUCUCAACCCAGCGGCGGUGUCAAGCACAAGUCGCGGAUCGAAUACAUCCGUCCGAUCUCGAAAUAGAGGGCUCAUAUCUGUGAAUGAUGAUGGUGAGGGUGAAGGGACGCAGGUUUCGUCAACUUCUAGACUCGGAUCUUCGUUUACUGGACUGUCCCCGUCCCGAUCCCGAGGUACAACACCAUCCCCAUACGCAUCGCGAGGGGGGUCGCCUCUACCUCAAAAACAGUUCUCAAGGAUAUCGGAGCGGGAUCUCAGCGGCGGUUAUAGGAGUGAUGAAGAUACGUGUGGAAGCAGAGACACUUUUCAGCCAUUCAAUACGUCGAAUAAUCCAUCUGGAUUUUUAGAAUCGUCAUGGUCGUCUAUUCAAAACCUUACUUCGUCACUUCUGGGAAGUGACUUGAAAUGGGGCAAGUCAAGUUCUAAUUCUACAGCUUCGAUGAAACGCCGAAAACCCUCGCGAUCUGAUAUUCCUGUGAGUCUAUCGAAACAGCAGGGGCUUUCGUCAUGGGCCCCUCCGACUCGUUCAACCCCCCAAAUCGGCGUGGGAACGCAGGAAGAGCGACAGGCUUUAGUACAGGCGAAGAAAAGAGAGGUGUUGCUGCUUGUCAAUGGCGAUUCAUUAUCUGAGAUGAGAGGCUGGUAUAAGCGAAAAGACUCGGAUGGUAGUAUCAUGGAUCCGGAGCGGGAUGAAGAGGCACUGGUCUACAUCCAUCACGUCCAGCCGAGCGAUACAAUGACGGGGUUAUGUAUCAAGUAUGGAUGCCAGCUUGCGAUAUUCAGAAAGGCGAACGGCUUCUGGCCGAGCGACAGUAUACAGACGAGGAAGGUAGUGCUCUUGCCCGCCGAAGCAUGCUCGGUUAAAGGACGGCGUGUGAAUCGGGGUAGCAAUGUCGAUUUUCUGGGCGAUGAUCUGUCUGGCGAAAGUUCCUUGGAAGACCCUGCUGGAAGCUCGAUUAUGCCAAGUGAAUCUCCGACUACAAGCACACAACCCGAGAUUUCGCAAACAAACGACAGUGACAAUGAGCGCAUAUGGAAGCACGAAACCUGGGUAGAGAUGGAGGGAUUCCCCAGUCCAGUUGAAAUGGGUCGUGUACCUCGCAAGACAUUAGGGUUCUUCCCACGCUCGCGGCGAAAGUCCUUAUCUCUACCGUAUUCUGACGUCGAACCUCCAACUCCUACGAUACCUACAGCACUCAACCGUAUGGAUUCUUCCUCCUCUUCUCAGGCUUACCAGCGCGAUAGCUCCUCAAACACUCAUUCACCACUUAGAAAUGGCCGUCCGGCUCACAGGCGUACCGGCAGUAUCACCUUACAGGGUCCAGGUGGUGUUGGAACACUGGGUCGCGAAGUUCAUGCUCCGGGUCCUGCACAGGAUGGGUUGAAUAAAUUUGUCUCGCAACAUCUCCCCAAUCUUACAGUUCCUCCUCCUCCGCCGCCAUCGACAUUGCGCAAGGCGUCGUUCGAUUCGACCUCGAGUGUUCUCUCAGGGACGUCAAGUACGGGUUUAGAAAAUGUCGGGGGAGCCAUUGAAGGAUGGAUGAGGAAAAUGGCAUUACGAGCAAAAUCGACUUUGAAUGAGUUACAGCAGGGUGGUCCACAUCAGACUUCCUCUCAGGGCCAAGCACUCGGUAUUGCAGGACUAGGUGAUCUUAUUGAACUUGACGAUGGCUUUGAAGGAGGCAUUGCCUCUGAAGCUGCUAUAUCAUCUAUGGGCAAUGGUCAUACCGAGAGUCAUAGUGGCCGCAAUCGGACUAUGGGAAACUACUCGCAAUACGAACGCUUCUCAAACUCGCCCUCAUCCAGGAAUCGCACUCGUCUACGUAUAGACGACGCACACAAAAACGACUGAUAACGCCGCAUUGAUAGAUUCCCGUUUCCUUUUCUCUCAUACAAUCCUGCCUCUUUCACCAGUCAUUUAUAUAGAGCGAAAGAUACCUCUUGUUUAUAUCAUCAUUGUUUUGUUCUGUCGUGGCUCUUGUCUGUUUCAACCUAUUCGUCUCUGCAGCGUCUACAGUUUUUGAUGUCCUACAACAUUCUGCAUGCCGCCGAUUUUGCAUGGCAAUUAGUCAUCAGCAUGUUCCCUCUCCGACUUUCCCUUCCAUU